CACCGAAAGCAUCUGCCUUCUUGCGCGGUUGUUACGUCGAGCGAAAAAAAAGACGGUCGUACCAGGCUCCGUAAUUCGCAAGCGGUGUUUUCGCUUCGCAGUCCAGUGUCUUUCUUCCGCCUUCGCGCAUUCUCCGGGAGGAUCUAAUGCAAAGGACAGCGUCGCGACGCUGGGAAGCUUCGUGAAGCCUUAAGGACUCGGCGUCAUCCUCUGGGAACGUCACCAGCGGCACGUAACGCGAAAAAACGAGGAUCCGAUAUGCGGCUCAGGGAGGACGUCGUCUCGGUACUGUUGCACCCUGGGGGACUGAACAACAAUCAACUUCGUAGGAGCGACCAGCCAAACACAGAGGAAAUCGGGAAUUGCAACGAGACUUCCCCAACGAACACCGUCUCGGUGACCAGAAGCCCGACGUCCACCGACUUCCACGAGGACUCCGAUGAUUUCCAUGUCGCCGAGGACACCACCACGUGGUCCUCGCUCGCCAUUACACGCGACAACGUGCAGAUCGAUAGCUCGAACAACGAGACUGGAAAUUUGAAUAACAAUCUAUCGAUACCGAGGAUCCGCAGGAAUAGCUCCAUCGAGAGUUUGGCCGAUUACGAAGGGCGUAACUCCUCUCACGACGACUCGUCCCACGAGUUGACACCGUCCGAGUGGUCCGACUGGUCCGAGGAAGGAAAUAUACCGGCAGGUUGUCGCGGUAUCGUCAACCCCAACUAUCCGGGUUUUCAACACCUGGCGCCUUCUCUUCUGUCGGACACCGAUCUGACGGAGGACGAGCAAGAGAGCUGUCCCGAUUACAUCAGACUCAACGAGAUCGACGCACGGCCUGUCGAGAACGACAACGAGUACAAUAAUAACAUCGAGGACAGCAUCAAUCAUCUUUGCGGGCAGAAGAACCUGAGGAAAUCCUUCUACGAGAAGCCAAAAUUUAAUAUACAGACCGUAACAUCAUUAUACGAGUCAGUGGUGCCGCCGUCGGAGAAGUGUAUAAACUACGUGAAGAGCGUGAAGGAUUCGAGGACGGAGGAAAAGAUUCUCUCGCCCGAAUCGGAGAUCGUCAACGGCGUCGUCGAGGCGGAGACGCAUCUGACGGUGUUGGAACCGGAAGAAGCGCUCGCCGACUCGGUGUCCGAGCCACCAUUUUCAGAGCCAAUCGUGAAAGAGAAACAGGAACGGGAGGUCUCGGUCGAGGUCGAGAUCGUCGAACUGACCACCAGCGUCAAGGAAAUCCUCCAGUUUCCGCAAAUCGAGGAGAUUCCGGACUCGGGGAAGACCAGCGAAGUCGGUGAGACAGAGGAUAUCGUGGUGGAGCACAUCGACCUAAUACGCGAGGCAAAGGAGUUGCCUCGCCAAGCUCGUUCCAAAAUAGGCAACCGUCAGACCGUCACGUCGAACGGCUCCGCCGACGACGAUUCGGAAAGUAACACGGACACAGACAGUUAUCCGGAGGAGCAGCCCACCUACACAAAGCUCGAGGAGAUCGAUUUGCUUUCAAGCAUCGGCCGGGAUAUCGGCGUCGAUCUUGAAAAAUACGUACAACCGGUGCCCGACGUGGUUGCCAUGGAGGCACUGGAUCCCCUGCAUGUCUCCACGCGAUCCUCGUGCGCCAUGAACAUGAUGAAAGACGCCAUCGAGGACACCAACAAAUUGCUCGAUCGCGAUCUUCCGGAGGCAUCGAGCGCCGACGCGAGAAAAAAAGAGAAGAUGGCUAGAAAUCAGGCUAAGAGGAGGCAGCAGCAACAGCAGCAACAGCAACAGCAACAGUUGAGAGCCUCGAACGUGCAUAGACGCCCUGAUAAGAGAAGGGCCGAUGCGGACAUUGGACCAGGUGGCUUCGACGUCUACAAUAUCGAAACUGCGAUGCCGAAGAUCGACUUGGACGCGAUCGAGUCUCACCUGAGAGCAGCUCGCGAAGAGGAACGACGGCGACGAAACGACCGCGAAGAGAUCAGAAGGAGGUUGGCGAUGGGUCCAGACGCUGAAGACUUGCGCGCUGAACGCGGAAGAAAGCCGAGCCUUCAGUCGCGGCUACAAAGCGGAAUGAAUCUUCAGAUCUGCUUCAUGAACGAAACACCCUCGGACACGGAGUCUCCGUGCUCGGAGAACGACGCCUCGCCUGGAUCAACGCCAAUCUCGAAGCAACAACAGAAACAACAAACGCCCAUUAGACCUCAGGUGCUCAGUCUUCCUCCUUUGAGGCUCGAUACAGGCUCGAAUUCAGCACCGAUCGACGAGGCCGACUUUUUCGCCAGGCAGGCCAGGUUGCAAACUGAGGCAAGAAUGGCCCUGGCACAGGCCAAAGAAAUGGCGCACAUGCAAAUGGAAGUCGAGAGGCAAAGGCUGAAACAAAGUCCCAUCACGGAGAUGGUGCGAUCCAGCCUUGAAAAAGUCGGUGUUCAGUUAGGUGAGGACAGACGCAGAUUGUCCCGAGUGCUUUUAACAGAACUAAACGUCGCACAGCUUCAAGUAGUAGCAAAUGACUUGCACGCCAGAAUCGCAGCCCUAAACGAGGCUCUCGUCGAGGGGCUCCUGAGAAGGGACGACUUGCACAUGGAACAAGAUUCCAUGCUCGUCGAUGUCGAAGAUCUCACCCGAUACCUAGGUGCCAAGCAGGAGUCCAUGAAGAAGAAGCAGAACACGAGAGAGCAACAGACGGCCAGCAGAAAUCAUCAGCAAACGACAGCCGCCCAGAACAAGUUGACCAUGAAGCCGAAGCUAACGCACCGCGGUCUAGUCUCCCUGGUGAGAAAAUAAUGCCUGGCCACGAGACUGCGUGGUCUCGUCGGAAAUUAAACGAGCAGGAAGCACCGAGAAGACGCGAUUAGUAGGGUAGAUCACAUCGAAGCCAAGGUCGACGCCAGACUCGACGGGAAACGCAUCGGGCGUCGAUGACUCGGAUUUUCUCUCAAUUGAGUCGGCCCGUUUAAAAAUUUCUAUCUCGUGGUAGACGAGCGCGAUUCUCUUGAGAAUGAAAACGAGUUCUUUUCGUUCGCCUGGAAAAAUAAACGAGAGUAUGAUAGAGUCGUUUUCGGUUUUGCCAGAAGGUUCGAACAAAAAAGGAUACCGCGGAUCCUCUUUCUUUUCUCCAGGCAACAGUCAAAGAAGGGACAGAGGCUUUCCCAGAAUUUCCAAUGUUUUUACAGCUUCGUCGUUACCAAGUGAAAGUAUAAUAUACGUACGUGCAUAUAUAGAUAGCCGGACAAGUAGCAACGAGCCAAUAACCUUUUCCUGUAAGUCCUAAACGGGACGAAUCCCUUCCGUUCUGGUAAUAUCCUGCGACCAUGCAUGCAUGUGUUUCCCGAGUGUAUCGCCUUUCUAUGAUAGCGUUUAAACGGUAGGCAGAUCUCUUCUCUAUGUUGUAAAUAAACGAACGCGGUUAGACCAGCGAGUCUGCAACACGCGUUCUUCCGUCGCCGACAGAAUUCGGGUUCUUAAAAUUAUUAAUCGGAUUAAGGGAUUAUCGCCGAUUUCUUGGAAAUUUUUGGGAACGGAAAGCUUUAAUUCUACAUUUCAAGAGUGUCUACAAUUUUCUUUUCGUACAAAAAUAUACAAAAUUGCAAAAGUUACAACGAAUCCAGUGAAGGCCUUAAAAAAUACAAUUGACCGAUUGGAUUCGUUGUAACUCCUAUAAUUUUUAAUAUUUCUGCACGAAAAAAUUUGUGAAUACUCUUGAAACAUAGAGGUAAAAUUGUUUUUUAACAAAAAUUUCUAAAAAACAAUUAAAAAAUUUCAGUCAUGGCGGAAAACAGCCCUUUAAAUCAUACUCCGUUUGAUUUAGUUGAAGGGGUAUCUGAUUUCUGAUAUUUUCGAGAAUAAUUUAUAUUAAUUUUUACUUUGGUUUCUCUCCUAGUCGGGUGAAAUUCGUUUACUAAUUUAAUACAAACUCUUCAACGCAUCGUUUUGAAGAUAAAACAAGACUAAUAAGGAAGGUUUUUUAGGUGUCCGCCUCCGAUUGUUCUGAAUUUUGGAUAUGUUUUAAAGGACCGAAAAAUAAAAUAUACUAAAGUUUCAGCUACAAUAGGCUAUAUCAAAAACUAUCAUAGAUAGAAGAAAACUUCUUAAGGAAAAGUUUCAUGGUUUUUUAUGUACAUAUAAAUGCUGGUCAUCAAUUUUGUAAAAAAUAAUUUGUUUAUAACAUUAUUUUAAAAGAAAUCACAAUUUACAUAAUAACAAAAAAGAACACAAUUUCUUUUCUGAAUCCAUUGAUAUAUCACAUAGUAUGUUUGCCUCUUACAAUUUUGCGUAUUUCAAUAUUAUACAGUGAUGCGCACAAACAUCGGAUGGCGGUCAUACCAGAUAUAAUGUAUGGUUAAUGUUCAUUAUAAUAUCUGGUGUUUACUAUGUAUACUAGGCACUAGUAAAAUUAUUUAUAGCUUACAAUAUUAAUAAAAAUUACUUUAGUAUUUACGUAUUAAUAUGCGAUACGUACAUAUGGUAAGGAAUAUAAUUAAUAUAAAUUAAUUUCCGGUACUACUAACAUGAUUGGUGCAAUUAUAUUUCAAAUGUAUGUAUACAUAGUAUACAUUUAUCACCUGAAUUUUUUACAUAAUGUAUGAAAUUUAUAAAAUGAUUCACUUAAUAUUCAAAUUUGUCUCAGAAGUAAUAUUCAUGAAAAAAAUGUUUUAAACAAAAUGCUUUGUUACACCAAGAACAUCUAACUAUCGGUAUUUCAUCACAGAGUGCACAUUUCAUUUUUGUGUUCUGUUCGAAAGCAAAGUUUAUAGGAUUCACAAAAUCUGAUUUUUCUUCUGUAUACCCACUUUUGUACCAAGCAUACUGGAAUAGAUUUUUAUAUCUUGGUGAAGACAGUUGACUGUGUACAAGUGAUUGUAAUUUAAUUACAUUAUUCCUUAAAUGAAGAUUAACGUCGUAAUCACGUAACAGUACAUCAUCGGAAAAACGUCGAACAUAAUUUUUCCACACCCUAAAUAUAUAAACAUCUAGAGGUCGGAUUCGUCCAAUGGUACCCUUUGAUAUCGUCUUAAUUAUAAUUUCUUUACCAGUUGGUUUCGCAUUACGUACAUCUUGCUUACAGUGUCCACUCCAGGAGUCUAAUAGCAAAACAGACGUUGUUUUAGUAUUGGUGAAAAAGACCUCUUCCAACCAGAUUUUAAAUGAUUUCAAUCAAAGAUAAUUUUUAGAUACUGGUUACCAGAAGUGAGUUUCCCAGAUUUUGAUGCAGUCUCUCUCUCUCAGACUUUGGUCUGAAUUGUACAAAUUUUCAUGUCCGUAUCUCGUAAUCAAAGGUUUUACUUCAUUGACAAAAUCCGUAGCUUUAACUUCCAAUACUUCAUCGUCUUCUAUUUUCUUUCGUGUUACAAAUUUUGUUACUUUUCGAGAAACAAUACGAUGAGCUUUUUUAAAAUUAUACAGCCAUGUUUUGGAAGCUUUAAAUGUCAUAUAAUCGUUACCUUGUUCCUUAUAUGCUUGUAAAGCCCAUCGUCGAAUAUCUCUAUCAUGCAAAAUAUAACCGGAAUCAAUAGCUCUCUUCAAAUUUGUUAUCACGAACUCGGAAAUUUGAGCCAAUCUUUCUUUUCUAGUUCCUCUUGCUUCAAUUUGAUGAAUCCAUCUUCGUAAUUGUCGUUCAGAUGAAACAAGUUUAAAAUUAUGAUGAACGGUAGCAUGUCUACGUCUUUUUUCUCCACCUUUCCAAAACGCAACUGCAUUCCGUUUAUAAACAACAUCAACGUUUUCGUCACGCUGCGAACAAACUCCAAUAUAUGUCUCCCCAGACCAAUUUUCGUCUGCAUCAUCUUCAUCAAUAGCCUCAACCUCACAUUCUUUAAAUUGAUCCAAAAAGUCCAAUGACAAUUCAGAAACUUCAAUUUCAUUAUAUUCAAAUAUGCUAUCGAGCAACAUUUUUAAAUGAUUUCCUUGAGUUGUACUUCCUCUCUUGUUACAGGAGUAUCCAUUAAAUACAUUGUUUGAAAUGUUGCUAAUAGCAAAUUAAUCACAUUCAUCGGAUUGAUAAUCAUUUUUAAUCACUGUAUUACAAAAUGAAUGCUGUGAGUGAUCACGUCGAACGCUCGUAUAUGACUUUACAACUAACCAAUCAUCGAGGUAUAUGUAUAUGUAUGUAUAGAGCACAGCUUCGCAAAAAAUAACUCAUAAUUUGAUACACUGCUAUUGUUCUUGAGAUAGCCUAUCGUAGCUGAAAUUUUAGGGGGUCGUUUCACCCCCUAAAUAUGAAAACGGGCCGAUAUAAAAAAAUACGUAUAUCUUAUUUUUCGGUCCUUUAAAACAUAUCCAAAAUUCAGAACAAUCGAAGGCGGACACCUAAAAAACCUUCCUUGUAAGUACAAAAAUAAAGAAAAUAUUUGAUUUUCUUAAAUAUUUUUAAUCUGUGGGGAAACAUGAAAGUAUAGUUUAUUCUGAAAAUAUCACAAGUCUGGAACAUUUAGAACAAGGGACAAAUAAAAACCAGACACGCAGUAAGCAAGCAUAACGCAAAACUUAUUUAAAAGAAUACUUACUUUGCAUACGAGAAAACGUACAUUUUGAACAAUAUCUUGACUAAAAACAGACGCAACUAUGUAAUGAAAUCCGCGAUAUGGGUUAAUUAAUUAAGUACACGUGUACUUGAAUGAUAUUCAAAGUUCGAAAACGAAGCCUCCCACGCUAUUUCGUUCUUAUUCUGAACCAUAAAAUCUGUCUGAUUCAAUUUGUACCAUGAAUUACGGACUCAUGCUGUGUAUACAUAUAUACAGAAAUCUAGAAAUUAAAUGUUAAAUAUCUUUGUAAAUAAUGAGCACUGGGGAAAAAGCUUGGAUACGUGUCUGCUCAUUUUUGCUGUAGAAACACCAGAAAAAUCAACGACCCCACAGGUGCGACCUCUUCUUGUAAAUUUCACCCUUAGACGACCACGGGGGUCCCCAGUCGCAUUAUUUCGUUAAUAACUAAUUGACGAAGUGAAUUAAUUCCACUUUAAUUAAUCCUUUCGUUUAACCUUUGUAACGUUAUACCAUUUCAAAAUAAAUAAUCUUAAACCGAUUGAAACGAAAUAAUUCAGAGCUGGGGUCGAUUAAGGAUAAUUACAAAUAAUAGUUGUAGAGAAUAAAUUAAUAAAUACGUAUGUUUCUAGUCACUCGUUUACGAAGCACACAUAAGAAUUCAGUUUUCGCUUUUAUAAAUAUCUUUAUUCUCGAGCAUUUGUGAUAUUACUUUUUCUAAUGACCAAUUUGUAUUGAUCCGUCGUCUAAGUAAUAAACAGAUUAAUAUUGACGUUUGUCAAAAUGAGACCCGGCAUAUGAAAACCACGUGGUCGUCUAAAGAUCAAUGAAAAGCGUAAACGAAUGGAAGUUAAACGACAUUGUGAAAAAUGCCAGUUUUGCGUAGAAAUUACUGUUACGAAAAAAAGCAGCUUCGAUCGUUUGUAUAUACACGUAUUAUUUUGUAAAAACCUCUACGCGUCGGGGAACAGUGUCGUUCGAUCAUUUCAUGCGUUUUUUCACAGAAUUUCCCACUCGCGAACCAAACAGCGUUUCCUGCAGAUCUCACAUUUUGUCAAUUGUGUUUCAUGAACUCCGCUCUGUACAAAACAUACAGUAGUGAGGAACUAUCGGCAUCGAAUAUUAGUUACUAAUCGUAUAGUAAUGAAAUGUAUUUAAAAACAAAUCGAAUUGUUUUAGAAACAACGGAAAUCUAUCUAAUAUUAUCGUUCUAUUUAUACUUACGGAAAUCAAUACAUAGAUUUAUCGAUACCUGCUCACCUAAUAUUACCAAAGAAACGAGUACAUUCCUUUUAUAUCUUAAAACAACGCAAACGAGUACGUCUUAUUUAAAUACUCUAUUUAUAUUGUACCGAUGAUCGUUCAAUCCUUGUGAUCUUAUUUCAUUAUUCGUUUAGUAAAGUAUUUACGAUCGUUUGAGUGUUUCGUCUAUUUAAUUGAUAAAUUUCAGAUGAAACAGUUCUUACUCGCUCCUCUGUAAAUGCAUCAACGUAAAUUCCAGAGAUGGAAGAGAACAAAUACGCAAAAGGAAAAGAAAAAAUAACGAUCAGUACACGAACUAGCCUUAAAAAUGUAUUCGAGAUUCAAGUAAAGGAAACGGACUGAUUAGACGAUUUUGAGUAAAAUUCCUUUGUCAACUGCCCAUUAAAACAACCAAGACUUAGCAAAGUAAUCAAAAGUAUAUAUGUAUAUAUAUACUUUUAGGCCCUUUUAAACAAAUACCAAUAAAUACCAAUGAAAGUUAAAUGAUUAGAGUAUAAUUUGUUUAAUUUAAACAGCUUUUUUACAGGUUUAAAUACUGGGACAUUUACCUUAACACGCAAAUGAUGUCUCUUCAGUAUUAAACAACAAUUGACAACAGUUGCCACGCCCACAAGGAAUUUUAAUAGAUUGUCUAUUGUUUUAAACAAAUUUAUUUACAGAUAUUUAUCGAGGAUCUAUCAAAACUUUUGUACCGAUCCAAUAGUUUUAGAAAAUGAAAUAAAAAGAGAUAUCGCUUUUUUGAAGGUUCUAGAUUAGAAUACCCCCUUUCAUGUUUACAUUUGUACAAAAUAAAGCGUCGUAUUCAUCCACGUCGCACAAUCGUUCGUGAAGAGGAAGAGAACGGUGAUUAGAUCGUCGAUCUCACAGUCAGGAAAUAAUUAAAAGGUCGUCGACGCGUAGCAACGGAGGACCCUUUCAUUAAUUCGAGACAUCGCCACGGCUCGUUGAUGCAUUGUAAACGAGCAAGAGCCGCUAAUUAACCAUCGAUCGUAUUCUAAUUAGAGAUCGUGUUCUCGAAAGUUCGAAGAAAAAUAGACAACGUUCGCAAGGGUGAUUUCUUUCGUAAACAAUGCA